AUGGCAGCCGAUGGCGGUCGGAAAGAGAAGGAUAAAAGCAAGGGUAUUAAAGUCGGCAAGAAAACCGCAGCUGUGAAACCCAAGAAGCAGGAUCGCGAAGGCCAGCAGAGCAAACCUAACGACGACGAUUCUCGUCCACGUGGCAAGCAGAGCGACGGGGGAUCGCGUCCACGUGGCAAUCGGAACGAAGAGGGCUCGGUUCCACGUGGCGGCAGUCGAGAUGCUGCUGCCGGAGAGAUCUUGCCGGCGAGAUUGCUGCCGUCGCAGAUUAAGAACAAGCAGAAGCGGUCCGCAGUGACGGCGAAGCUUCGCGCAGAGAAGGAGAAGGGGAAGAAGCAGCGGCUGAAGCGGCGGCGGCAAGAGGAGGAACGCGCAGUGGCGUUGGGAGAAGCGGCCCCGCCACGAAAGGUAGCUCGCACCAUCGACAGCACGCGGGAGGUGGACGAGACUAUAGCGCAGCCUGACGACGACGAGUUGCAUGCAGACGAGGCACAGGACGAGUUCGCGCCGCACUUCAACCGAGAGAGGCCGCCCAAAGUGCUCAUCACCACGUGCCAACGGAUACACCAGGCAAUGAAGCAGCUUAUAAAGGAGCUUUUAGUGGUCAUUCCGGGGUCAGAGUACUAUGAGAGACGGCAGUAUCGCAUCAAGGAGGUGUGUGUGAGGCAGUAG